UAGAAUCGGCACCACAGACUCCAGGUAACGAUUCCACAAUGAUGAAGCAAGCCUUAGUUGUUCUUGCCCUGGUGGGCCUCGCCUUCUCGGCUCCUCAGGCCAGGAAGCUGUUCCACGAGCACGUGGAAGACUUCCUUGAUAUCAUCUCGGAGGAAGCUGCCCAUGAGAUCGAGCACCUGAUGGACCAUUACGUGGAGUACGACGAAUUCUGGCAAGCUCUCGAUUACAUGAGGACCAACAACUUCAAGGACCUCGUUUACGAGAUGGAGUCCCUGCCUGAGUUUGUUGCUGUGGUCGAAUUCUUGGAAAAGGACCAGAUUGACAUCCACUACUUCAUCGACUUGCUCAAUGACAUGAUCGAAAAUGUCGACAGGAAGAGGAACGCCCGUCACUCCACCAGCGGCCGGGACCUGUCCUCUUUCGUCAGGGACUGCAUCAACGAAUUCCCCAAGGACAAGCUGAGCGCACUCUUCGACCAGAAGAUGGCUGACGAUGAAGAAUUCAGAACCGCCAUUGAGAACCUGCAAACCGAGGAGUGGGCUGCAGUAUUCGACGCCCUCUGGGAAAGCGAAGUCUUCCAAGCCGAAGUCAAGACCUUGGCCGAAAACGGUAUCGAUGUCGGUGUAUUCCUUGACGAAAUCAUCGCCGUCUUCGGACAAAACAAGAAGUAGACAAUCUAUUUUGUCAAUAAAAGCGUCGUAUAUACCAAACUUUUACGACCACAAAGUCAUAUAAUAUUAUGAUUUAUUUAUAAGUAUUACUGAGAAAUAAAUUAUACUUAUUACCAUCAA